GCGACGUGUGGGGUGGCCAUGGAGGUACCUGAGAGGACCUGAGAUCCACCACCUGGCUUGGCGGAGGUGAUGGAAUCACCGGGAGCAUAGACAUCAACUGGAAUUUAUAUUAGCACUGCUUCCUUUUGUCGCCUCUAGAGGUGAAUAAAUGGAAUACACAUACCAACUUGACCGAAGUUGGAGAAGUCGGCCUUGCUGUCCUGCUCGGUGGAGGCAGCAAUGGUACAGAUGGAGGGCUCGGAAGCUGGGGAGGAAUCAGCGGCAUCGACCUACAGAUAUCAUGAUUAGCACAAUGGACGCAGUAUAUAUGUUUCUGAGACGGAAGGCACUUACGUUGUCGUUACCGGCGGCAACGGCCAAGAAGACACCACCCUUAGCAAUUGCUGCAGCGGCGUCGUUGGAAGCCUGGGAGAAGGCACCACCAAGAGACAUGUUGGCGACGGCCUUGUCGGCACCCUUCUGCUGGGCGUCCUUGGUAGCCCAUUCCAUACCCAUGAUGACACCAGAGUUGGAACCAGAGCCGUUGCAGUCGAGGACCUUCACGGCAACGACGUUACUCUUCUUAGCAACACCAAAGGUCUUACCACCAAUGGUUCCAGAGACGUGAGUACCAUGGCCGUUGCAGUCCAUGUCCAUGUCAUCAACGAAGUUCGCACCCCAGGUGGCACGGCCCUCAAAUUCCUCGUGCUGGAUAUCGGUACCGGUGUCAAUAACGUAGGCAGUGCUGCCCUCGCCAGCAGUGCUGUCGUAAUAGUAGGUGGUGCCACCGGGCUCCUUGGAGCCGACACGGGCAAGACCCCAGGAUGGAACAUUGUCCUGUUGUUCAAUAGCGUUGAUUUGGACACGGGCAUCACGUUCGAUGUAUUUGACCUAGAAACUCUGUGAGUGAUGGCGUUCAUUUAGGGAGACAUAAUUGAUGCGUACAUCAGCGCGCUUGGAGAUCUCGUUGAUCAUCUGCUCAUCGAAGUGACCAGAGUAUCCCUUGAGGCCAGUUGGGAAGUUGUAGGUGUGCUUCAUGCCGCCCAUAGCUUUGGCGCCACGGCGAAUCAAACGGCGGCGGUGGUUGCGG